AUACGUACGACAGCAAUUGCAAUGGCAAGAGCUACUCCAACUUCUAUCAGUUUAUAAAAUAACGGAUGAAAAGUUCUUCCGAGAAUUUCAAGAAAAUUUGACUGCAAUUCGCCUUUAUGAUGAUGCUCAUGCUUCAAAAAGUU